AUGCAGUUCUUCAAGUCCAACUUCGUCGCACUCUUCCUCCUCGUUUCCGUCAUGGGUGCGGCUGCGGCGCCCAUCAGCCCACAGGCUCGCAGUGAUGUCGGCCAGCCUGCUGAUCUCACGACUGGCUUUGGCGGGCCCGAGGCUUUCAAGAAGGCGCCCUCUAAGCCUCCUGCAAAGUCUCCAACGAAGCCCCCUCCGGCCAAGACCACCCCUGCCUCUCCGGCCAAGAGCAACUCUCCUCCCCCCGCGAAGAGCAGUCCUGCCGCCCCGGCCAAGAGCAGCGCGGCGGCGCCUCCCGCUAAGAGCUCUGCGUCCGCUCCCCCCGAGAAGACCACUUCUGGUGCUGGCGGGAAGACGAGCAGUGCGGCCGCCUCCAGUGCACCCGCCUCCAGUGCGGCUGCGUCCAGUGCGGCAGCCUCCAGUGCACCCGUCUCCAGCGCGGCAGCCUCCAGUGCUGCAGCCUCCAGCGCGGCGGCCUCCAGCGCGGCGGCCUCCAGUGCACCUGCCUCCAGCGCGGCGGUCUCCAGUGCGGCUGCCUCCAGUGCCGUCUCCAGUGCCGUCUCCAGCGCGGCGGCCUCCAGUGCACCUGUAUCCAGUGCAGCUGCCUCUAGUGCGGCGGCCUCCAGUGCAACUGGGACGGCGACUCUGUCGUCGGCCACGGGCACCACGCCGUCUAGCUCUGGUACCGUCGACGCCACUGCCACCUUGUCUAGCACCGGUGGUGCCGGUGGGGCUUCGGCCACGCCGUCUGGCACCGGCACCGGCGACGUGACGGCUUCAGCAGAACCUCCCUCCAACACCGGCGGGGGCGAGACCGGGGGCAGCCCCAUCACCAUCAACUUCAACCCAGGGGAGGACCUCCCCCCGCAGGACACGGUCCCGCCUGCGUCCGAGGUGCCGUCGCUGCCCGUUGACCCGACGACGAACCUCCCCGUCGACCCGACGACCGGCUUCCCCUUCAACUCCACCAGCGGCCUCUUCAUCGACCCCACCACUGGCAAGCCGUUCGACCCCGCGAGCGGCCUGAACGUCAACCCGGCCACGGGCAACCGCAUCGACCCCAACUCGGGCCUCGACCUGGACCCGACGACGAACUUCCCGCUCGACCCGGAGACGAACCAGCCGUUCGACCCCGCGACCGGCGACUUCGUUGACCCGUCGACGGGCACCGACCUCGACACGCAGCCCACGGACGACGCCGCGCUCUCCGCGAUCUCCCAGGCGCAGGCGACCGCCACCGUGACCGCGGUUGCCACCGAUGGCGGGGCGGCACCCACCGACAGCGCGGGUGCAGCCUCCACCGACAGCGCGGCCGCCGACCCUACCGACACCGUCGCGGCGAGCGAAGACUCCGCCGCGCCCACCGCUCGGCGCUGA